CUUUCUGUGUUUUGGGCUUGUGUUUGUUUUGCUUGCGACAUCUCUUCCUUCGCCCACAACGACCGCGAUCACGAUGAUGAUGCCGAGGAUGGAGCGAGGCAGCGUGCUGCUGCUUGCUGUGGUGGCAUGUGCGGCCAUGAUGGCUGCUGUUGUGAACGGUGCCGGUGAAGGGCCGACCCGAGUGAAGAUUCUGGACGGAGAGGUGCAAGGUUUUGCCACGAAGGAUGCACGCAUCUGGAAAGGCAUUCCUUAUGCUGCUCCACCUGUUGGUGAGCGUCGUUGGACAAGCACCACCAAGGUCACCCCAUGGUCCAGUGUCAAGAACACCACCACCUUUGGUCCCGGCUGCCCACAGCAAUGCCAUCUGCCGCCGCUUGGAUGCCAGGCCGACCUGAGCGAGGACUGCCUGUACUUGAACGUGUACGCACCGCUGAAACAGGGCAAGUACGCCGUCAUGGUGUGGUUCCACGGUGGCCGCUACGAGCAAGGCUCCGAGGGCGUGGAGCUGUACGAUGCUCAGCGCGUCGUCGCCGCCCACGACGUUGUUGUGGUCACCGUCAACUACCGCCUGGGCGUCCUGGGCUUCCUGGCCAUGCCCGACCUGGGCCUCGAGGGCAACUACGGCCUCCUCGACCAGCAGUUCUCCCUGCGCUGGGUGCGCGACAACGUGGCGGCCUUUGGCGGCGACCCGUCCAAGGUGACCAUCUUUGGCCAGAGCGCGGGCGCAACCAGCGUGUCGACGCACCUCGUGUCCCCGCAGUCGAAGGGCCUCUUCCGCGGCGCUAUUGUGGAGAGCUCGCCCUAUGCGCUGCCGCUGCUCACGCCAGACAAGGCCGGCGAACACUACGCCGUGUUUGCCAAGGACGCCGGUUGCAACCCAAGCGACAAGAAGUGCCUGUACAGCCUCACGCCAGACCAGGUCGUGACGGCGCAGAUGACGGCGCAGAACAAGAUCUGGCUCGACCGCCCGCUCGUCAUGUUCUUUCCGUGGACCCCGACGGUCGACGGCAAGCUACUCCCCGCGGACCCGCUCACCGCCAUUGGCAAGGGCGAGUACAACAAGGUGCCAGUGGUCAUCGGCAACGUGGGCCAGGAGGCGUGGCCGUUUGUCUUUGAAGCCUUCCCCAAGCUGAACAAGCUCGAGGCGGAGGCCCUGAUUGACGUCAUCUUUGGCGGCCACCACGAGCCCAAGGAGAUUCGCAAGAUGUACCCGGUCCCCGAACACAUGGACGACUACCGCCCGUACAUCUCGCGCCUUGCGUCGGACUUCAUCAUUGACUGCUCCUCCCGCAACGUCACGCUGCGCAUGCGCGAGGACAAUGUGCCCGUGUACCAUUACGUGUUUGACCACGCGUGGGACGAGCGCGGGCACUGGGGCCCAAACUAUACGUUCUGCGAGGGCCACGCCUGCCACGCGGUUGAGCUGCCAUUUGUGUUCGACUCUGCGCCGCUGUGUGGCGUCAACUUUGAUGCCAAGGAGAAGCAGCUGACCAAGUCGCUCACCGCGUACUGGACCAACUUUGCCAAGACGCUGGCGCCCGGCACGAGCCACAACGUCACGUGGCCCGUCUUCACCAAGAAGGAGCAGCCCUCCCUCAACUUCACCACUGCCGGUGUGCAGUCGCACGUGCAGAACAACAUCCGCGCAAAGUAUUGCGAUUUCUGGGACCUCUCCCCCAAGGGCUACGUUUUCUAGGAUGUUGGUGACAUGACAUGUCAUGCUGGCAGACGGUUGUGCUGUCCUCAGACUCACUCACUCACUCACACACUCCCUCACUCACUCACACGGCACACUCACUCACUCACUCACUCACUCACUCCUCACCCACUCACCC